ACCACUUCAUUUAAUAAGUUCAAUGUAAAUAGACAAUAUGCCACAGUUACUCAGGUACCGAAAGAUACAAAGUCUGAGAAAAAGAAGAGUCCAUCAUUGUUUGAAUAUGAUGUAUUGAUAAAGGAUGAGAUGGUUAUAGAUCCAAAGGGUCAAUCAAACUACUUUGUAUUUGGAGAUACAAAGGUCUCGGAUAUUCUAGACAAAAAGAGGUCAACAGAGAUCCUGACAACAACUCCGGAUUCAAAGAUUAUUGAAGCCCUCGAGACUAUGACCAAGAAAGAUGUCGGUGCAAUUCUGGUCGUGAAUGACAAGGAGGAACUGAUUGGUAUCUUUACCGAACGUGACUACAUGCGUAAGGUCACCCUCGCUGGACUAAGCAGCAGAGUAAACACUAUAAAAGAGGUAAUGACUACCGGUGUCAAGACCAUCACCAAGGACCUGUGUGUAGUGGAAACGAUGCAAAUCAUGACCAAUCAGAGGUUCCGUCAUCUACCCGUGGUCGAUCCUGCCACCAAGAAGAUCGUUGGUGUCGUAUCCAUCCAAGAUUGCAUCAAAUCAGUUCACGAUAAUCAGAAGGAGACCAUCAAGUACCUUAGGGAGUUCCUGAAUGAUGCCAACUCCUACUCUAUGAAGCAUAACAAGAAGUGG